AUGGAAACAAAACCAGUGGAGCCACUUUGUGUCAGUGAUGAUGGCUUAUGGUCAUUGACUGUAGCACUGAACGAUGAAAGUUAUGAAUGUCUAACAUGCCGGGUGGCACACACAUUCCUCCUUGAACUGAUCGGUUGGACGCCGGAACAAGCAUUAGUUAGUGUAUUUUCCAGACAUUAUUACAAGUUUGCAUGA